AACCUCCGUAUGGAUAGGAAUGCAUUUGGACGAUUGUGUAUUCUUUUAAGAGACCGUGGUGGACUACGGAAUGGUCGAUUUGUGUUACUAGAGGAGCAAGUAGCAAUUUUCCUAGGCAUUUUAGCCCAUCAUAAGAAAAAUAGACCUUCUGGAUUUGAAUUUCGUCGUUCGGGUGAAACCAUUUCUCACUAUGUGCAUCUUGUACUUAAAGCGGUACUCAAGUUGCAUACAAUUUUAUUGCCUCGGCCUGAUCCGGUGACAAACAAUUGUGUUGAUCCACGAUGGCAACACUUCAAGGGUUGUAUUGGCGCUUUGGACGGCACUUACAUAAAUGUGCUCGUAAGGACCUUAGACAAGCCACGAUAUCGCACGCGAAAGGGCCAAAUCGCGACCAAUACUCUUGCUGCGUGUGACCGCAAUAUGAAGUUCUUAUACUUUUUACCCGGGUGGGAGGGAUCGGCGGGUGACUCUCGAGUGCUUAGGGAUGCUGUCACUAGAGAAGGUGGAUUGAGAGUAAACAAAGGAACUUAUUAUCUAUGUGAUAAUGGAUACGCAAACAGUGAAGGAUUCCUUACUCCGUAUAAAAACGUGCGCUAUCAUUUGAAGGAAUGGGGAGUCGGGACCCAGCGUCCGCAAAAUGCACGAGAAUUGUUUAAUCUAAGGCAUACUAGAGCUCGUAACAUAAUUGAGAGGGCCUUUGCAGUGCUAAAGAUGAGAUGGGGUAUCUUACGGAGUGCUACUUUCUAUCCGAUUAAGAUCCAGAUCCGGUUAAUCAUGGCAUGCUUCCUGCUACACAAUUUCGUACGGGGUGAGAUGCACAAUGAUCCAAUUGAGCAACACGUUGACGGAGAUACACAACCUCUGGUCGAUGAGGAGAUUCAUGGUGACCUAGAAUUCGUAGAUCAAGUAGAGCCAACUUCAGAAUGGAACCAAAUGCGGGAUGACUUGGCUAACUCCAUGUGGAGUAAUGUGUGUUUUUAUGUGACUUUUCCAAAUUUAAUUUGGUUAAUUUUGCCUAGAAUUGUCAGAUUACAUCUGUUAUAUAAGCAGUAUCUUAUUGUGAGGUUAUUAUAAAUAAUUACAUAUUUUCUCAAUGUUUUUUGUUUUGUAGCGAGCCAAUGUCGACGGUAACUGAAGAAUUGGACAUGAUACCCGAGUGUCUUUGCGGCGGUGGCAGGAUGAAGUUGUUAUGUGCUGGGAAAGCGGCCACACACGCCGGUCGUUACUUUUAUAAAUGCCCAGCCGAUGAUAAACAUUCCGGGUCUUUCUUGUGGUGCGAUGACUACCAUUCUCGGAUAGGGGAUGGCAAGCAACCGACAUAUGUAAAGAGUCAACUUUAUCGGCCUAAUAAACAUAUGAAGUACAGGGAGGAAGCGAAAAAUAAAAACAUCAUCAAGCAGGGUAGUGAUUGUGGGGUCUGUGGCCGCUGUCGCGUUGAAGCUCGGGUGAACCUCUUGUUGGCUGGCUUGGGUUUAGUUUUAUUAUUGGUUGGAUUUGUGCUAGGGAAAAUGGUGUAGUUUGUUUAUGCAAAAUGUGCAACAAAGACUCCAACUUAUUAUGUAGUUUUCUAUUCAUGAAUUAUGCUGUUGCUAUGACAUUUGGUGAAUCACCUACAUGCACUUAUAUUUUGAAUUAAGUUGUUUGUAAUUUGUAUAUUAUGUCUUGGACGAAA